AUGAGAUCAAAUAAAGACACCACAAAAACAGCUGAUGUUAAACCACAAAAUUUCUAUAAUCCAUAUUCUUCUUCUUAUACUUCCUCAUAUCCUUCAACAAGAAAUAUAAGUAAUACUUCUUCCAACAUAUUUAAUGAUUAUUCUCCCCCUCCGGCACGUUCAUAUUUGUCAACUAGGAAUGUAAAUAAUUCUUCUAACGGUUAUGCUUCCCCUCCGGCACGUUCAUAUUCUUCAACAAAAAAUGAAUCUUAUUCUUCUUAUAAUAAACCAAAUCAGAAUUUAUCAAGAAAUAAUGGAUCAUAUAAUAUUUCAUUGAAUUCUUCAUCAUACCGUAAUGAUUGUACACAAAACAAUGAUUCAUCAAAUCGAAAUAGGAAACAACUUUCUAAACCUAUGAUGCGUAUAUUAAAAUUGGUUUUUCAAAAUGAUUUUGGUAACGAUAAACAACUUGCAUACUUACAUUUAAAAAAUCUUCAAUCCCAUAUUAGAUUAUUACCAAAAACAGAAUUGGACUAUUCAAGAAUUCUUACUUAUGUUGAAAAUACUCAUGGUCCAACACAUAACUUUAAACUUUCAGUUGAACAUAUAUAUAAAGCAUGUAGAAAGGGAGCUCUUAAAGAUUUUAAACCAAACAAAAAGCUUGGAAAUCGUAAAUUAUUGUGGCAUGGUACGCCUUUAUCAAAUUAUGCUUCAAUUUUAUCAAGAGGUUUAUCAAUUAAACCACCACCUAAUGUUCAGGUAACAGGUAAAAUGUUCGGUGAUGGAAUUUAUUUUGCUGAUGUUGUUACUAAAGCAGCACAAUAUUGUAAAGCAGAUACAUCAAAUCCAUAUGGAAUAUUAAUUUUAGCGCAAGUUGCUUUAGGAAAAGAAUAUGUUCGUACUAGAAGUGAACAUGUUGAUAAUAAUAGUUUACCAUUUGGUAAAAAUAGUGUUAAAGGUAUUGGCCGAUAUCAGCAUAAUGAAAAUGAAAAUAUUAAAACAGAAUAUAAUGUUGAAAUUCCAUUAGGAAAACUUGAGUUAAAUUAUAAUACAGAUACAAGAUUAGAUUAUAAUGAAUGUCAGUAA